AAUGUCACUAAACAUCAUCAGGAAUGCGUUCGCGAGUGGUAAAAGUCUUGUUGGCUGGGCGCUUGCCGUAUGGAGUUGGUUUACAAUUACAAAAGGCUUUAUCGGAUCAGCAUCAUAAGAGUUCACAAAGCGAAACUGCAAAUACACUAGUACUUCUGGAGCACGAGCCUGUGUACACGGUAGGGAUACGAAACAAGGGAUAUACGGAGGAGGAUGAGAGGAAACUGAAGAACCUUGGCGCAGAGUUCUGCAGGACAAACCGCGGCGGGCUAAUCACCUUUCAUGGACCCGGCCAACUGGUGGCCUAUCCGGUGCUCAAUCUAAAGCAAUUCCGCACCAGCGUCAGAUGGUAUGUGCGCGAGGUGGAACGUAUGGUGAUCCGUGUGUGUGCCGAGCUUGGUAUUAAGGCCGAGACCUCGCCGAAUACUGGGGUCUGGGUUGACGAUCGCAAAAUCUGCGCCAUAGGUAUCCAUAGCAGUCGCUAUGUUACCACCCACGGCCUCGCGUUCAACUGUAACGUCGAUCUCAAGUGGUUCGAUCACAUCGUGCCCUGCGGUAUCGAGGGCAAGAGUGUGACUAGCAUCUCUAAGGAGCUGGACAUAGAUGUUACAAUCACUGAUGUGCUGCCGAUAUUCAGGAAUGCUUUCAGUGAUCAGUUCGAGUGUGAGUUGAUAGAGUAUCCGCUUGGAGAAGCCUCGCAGUUAUUACGAGAUGCACGUCAUAAUGUUUUAAAAAGUGAUAGUAACGAUAAUUGAAUUUUAAGGAAUAAACAGACUUGUGAAUCUUAAUGAAGCUUCAAGGGGAUGCUAAAGUGCCCGUCAAAUUUGAUUGGGAUCAAUAAUGUAGAGUUAUUCAUGCAUAUCGUUAACAAGAUUUCGUAUGUAUUUCUUUUAUAGAUUCGGAAAUCCUAGAGAACCUCUUCUCUUAGAGGCUCUCUAGAAAAUCCUUUUUCAGAAUUAAAGUAUAUGUAUUAAUAUCAUAUGAAUUGGAUUUUAUACCGAGAAUAAACAAAAUAUUUUUCAGACUGCUCUUUUUCUAACCUAUAUCUGAAUUUGCUGUUAUAAAAAGUUAAUAAAACUAAUUAAUCUUUUUUUUAGACUUUUAAUCUGUUUGAAUUGCAUGGUAUUAUUCGUUAUCCCUAGAGAAAUAUGGUUUCAUUUUGUAUAUAUAUCGUAGAUUUUAUAUACUAUAUAAGCAAAUAUUGUCAUCAAAUAACAGCUCUUAUGUACCAAAAAUAAA